UGGCGCGAGCUUUUUAGCUUGUUCAGCAAGGAAUCCAUCCCCGCGCUUCAGAUUCUCCUCCUCUCCCUCUCCCUCUCCCUCUCCCUCUCCGAGGCGACGAUCUUCUUCCUCCGACUUCCUUCAAAUCGGCCUAGGGCUUCGUAGCAAUUGCACCGGCCUCUUCUCGAUUCGGCCGCGAACGGGUAGCUGCUCCGAUCUAGUUCGUCUCCGACAUGGCGCCUGGAAAGAAGAGGUCCGGCGCCGGCACUUCUCGCGAGGAGGCUCCCGUCAAGGUCCGCGCCAAGGGCCCCAGAAAGAAGGAAGAGAUGAAGGACGAGGACAUGUCAGAAGAAGAUUUGGCACUGAAGCAGCAGUUGGAGCUGUAUGUGGAAAGGGUUCAGCAUCCUGAUCCUGGGUUACGGAAGGUUGCUCUGAAGAGCAUGAGACGAGAAAUUCGUGCUUCAACAAGUUCAAUGACUUCAGUUCCGAAGCCCCUGAAGUUUCUCCGAACUCAUUAUGGAACUCUUAAGGCGUAUUAUGAAACAAUGAAGGAUUCAUAUUUGAAGAGAUACCUAGCGGACAUACUCUCUGUUUUGGCCUCGACAACGUCUGUUGAAGGGGAACGGGAGAGUCUGAAGUACAGGUUGUUAGGUUCAGAAGGUGAUAUUGGCUCUUGGGGCCAUGAGUAUGUCAGGAAUUUAGCUGGGGAAAUUGCUCAAGAAUAUAAAAAGCGACAGAGUGAGGAGGCUCCUAUAAAUGAUCUCAUGGAGCUUGUACAGCAAAUUGUAGCUUUCCAUAUGAAGCACAAUGCUGAACCUGAAGCUGUUGACCUGUUAAUGGAGGUCAAACACCUUGAUAUGUUAAUGGAGCAUGUUGACAGCACCAACUUCAAGGGGACAUGUGUAUACCUCACAAGUGCUGCAAGAAACCUUCCUGGACCUGAUGUCACGUUAGGUCUGGAUACGGCUUACAAGAUCUAUCUCAAUUUUGAAGACUACGCCAAUGCCCUUGAGAUCGCACUGUCCCUAGAUGAUAAGCAGUAUGUGAAGCAGGUCUUCCUGUCUUGCGGUAAUUUUGCACGGAAGAAACGAUUCUUCUAUAUCCUUGCUCGACAUGGUAGUAUCACCUUUGAGCUUGAUAAAGAGAUGGUUCCAGAUGACGAUGAAAGAAAGGCAUUGGAGGAACUCGUCGACAAUAUUAAAGCAGCAAGAUCUCUUUCUGUUAAAAAUAUUAACUUCAAAACCUCUGAGGAGGAUUUGAGAAGCCAUUUCGUCAAAUUUAUGGAAGCGAGGAACAUUCUUAAUGUCUCGGUAGUCUUUUGA